AAUUUCAAAUUUUCGAAAGGCGGAGCACGUAUGUACGAUUAGCAACCUCUAUUUACCUUCUUUAUUUGCGAUUAGAGAAUCUUGAAUCACUCUCUUUAAUAUUUGAAAGUUUACAGUCUUCUUCUUCUUCUUUCGCUGUUAAUGGCGUUGAGACCCAUCGAUAAUGCGCUUCCAACAACUACACCAGAGAGGCCCAAAAAGCAGGUGAAAAUCGCAGUUCAAAUCCAAAAACAGCCUGAUUUUGGAGUAAAUGAUGAAAAUAAGGCUCCAUUGCCACCAUCUUCAGAUGCAGCUAUUGAUUACAUCCCAUCUGAGAAUCUCGAAGCCAUACCUGAUCCAGAGUCCAAGAUAACAAGCUUAGUUGAAGGAGUAGAUUCAAAGGAUUGGACAAAGGUUUGCGAAUCGCUUAAUAAUGCCAGGCGAUUUGCAUUGUUUCACUCCUCUCUCUUGGCCCCUAUUUUGGAGAAAGUGAUGGCAGUAGUGGUAAAGGCUAUGAAGAACCCAAGAAGCGCUUUGUGUAAGACAUCUAUCAUGGCUGCUUCUGAUAUUUUCAAUGCCUUCGGGGAUAAAUUACUCGACGCAACCAAUUCUACUGCAUUUGACAACAUGCUACUUCAGCUACUGCUUAAAGCUUCCCAAGAUAAGAAGUUUGUUUGUGAAGAAGCCGACAGGACGCUGAACUCAAUGGUGGGGUUCAUUACUCCUCUGCCUCUGCUUCAUAAGCUCAAGACAUAUGUUAGCCACACCAACCUUAGAGUCAGGGCAAAAGCAGCCGUGUCCAUUUCUAAAUGUGUCUCCAGGAUGGGGGCCGAAGAAAUGAAAGAGUUUGGGUUGGUUUUACUGGUUCAAAUAUCAGCCGAAUUGUUGAAGGACAGACUUCCUGAGGCAAGAGAAGCAGCAAGAAGUACUGUAAUUUCCAUGUACAAUGCAUUUACUGAAAAUGAAGAGCAGAAGCAGGAAGCAUGGCAAAGCUUUUGCCAAUCUAGUUUGCCACCCAUUGAUGCACAGUCCAUGCUCAAAAUUACCGCUUCACAAUAAAGUUAAGGUUAAUGAUGGGAGGCUGCAGGAGUUAGUGUUCACAAGUUAAUAUAUUGUUGUCAAUUUUCUACUUUUCUCGAUACUUGUGGAGAAGAAGAAAAUGUUAAAAUAAACUACUAUAUUUU